AUGGGUCUAGCCGUGCUUCCACCAGAUCCUGAAGGGGAACAUGGGCCCAUUGAAUCCUACGACACUGUCGACGAUGAAGCAGACAGCGACACCUCAAUAGACGAUGCAGACGACCGACCCUCGAAACGCCGCCGACUCGCCUUAGAAGGAUCAAGGCAGAUAUUCCUCCCCGGGGAGAUUAUUACAGAUGAUACUCAGUGGAUGAGAGGACAUGGCACCUACGUGACCCAAUCGUCAAGCACAAUCACGGCUACUCUGGCUGGUCCAUUAAGGAAAACAAACAAACUUCUCUCAGUGGCCCCGCUCCGAGCGAGGUAUACUCCCGAAAUAGGGGAUUUGGUGGUAGGACGCAUCGUGGAAGUUCAGAAAAAUCGCUGGAAAGUGGACGUUGCAGCACCUCUUCUUGCACAACUCCCCCUAUCGUCGAUAAAUUUACCCGGAGGCAUUUUGAGACGACGAACAACGGCAGACGAACUCCAGAUGCGAAACUAUUUCCAAGAGGGAGAUUUACUAGUGGCCGAAGUCCAACAGAUCAGUAGCAAUGACGGAACUGCGAGUUUACACACCAGAAGUUUGAAAUAUGGCAAGCUUCGGAACGGGAUCUUCCUCGCCGUCUCCGGAACCGGAGGAGGUGGUGGUGUCGUACGCAGCCGGAGACAGGUCUUCUCCAUUAAUACCGGUGCCCAGGGUGGAGGCGAUGUCGACGUCAUCCUCGGAGUCAACGGAUAUAUCUGGUUGAGCAAGCACGUGGAACAAGCCGAAGACCAGAGAAGAAUGAAUGGAGGAGUCAGUAUAUCGAAUCUGGACGAUGUUGUCAGCAGUGCAAUUUAUUCCAGCCAGAAUGAUGAUAUUGGCGAAGGGACAAGAAAGGAGAUUGCCAAAAUCUCCGAAUGUAUCAAAAUUUUGGCAGAGGAUGGAGUAAGAGUCGACGAAGACAGUGUCAUCAAAUCAUAUGAAGCUGCUGUCGAUGCUGAGAUGGGUAUGAUGGAUCAAGAUGGGACUCGCUCAAAAUUUGGAGAGGAAGUGCGAAGGAGAAUUAUCGAUGCAGCGCUGCACUGA